AUGACGUCAAAGCAAACAAACGGCGCGCUCGGAAAAGGGUUCCCUCUCGAGGAGCUAAGCUGGACAAUAACCAAGAAUGCUAGCAUUGUGAGCCAGUACCUGGACGCCAACCAUCUUCCCCAGCCGUCCCUCGACGCCGACGGGCCCAGUACCAUCCUCCCCAAUGAUUCACCGCGUGGCAUCCAACAGGCACGCCAGAGACUUAUUUCAGCGUCUCUCGAAAUUCUGCAACUUGCAAUCGGGCCCAGCGAGUUCUUGCCCAAUCUCAGCACAAGUAAUGCCGAAUUCGAAGUCGAUCGCAAUGCUCAUCAUUCUCCAAAGUUUCAAUACAUCUCCUGUCUCGACUGGCUGUGCAGGUUUCGGAUCUUUCACCUCGUCCCCCUGACAGGCAUUCCAAUCAGCUAUGCAGACCUCGCUGUGGCUGCUGGCGUCCCAGAGCGACGCCUCAUAAGCAUCGCUCGCAUGGCCAUGACAAAUGCUGUUUUCCGCGAGCAAGACGGGGGCACACACAUCAUGCAUUCCGCAAUCUCAGCGCUGUUGGCUCGCAAUGAAAACGUGUACGCCUACGCCACGUACAUGUGCAGUCGAUCAGCCCUGAUGGCCAUGCACCUGGGGGCGGCGCACCAGCGCUGGGGACCGGCCACUGUGCGCCCAUACGAAACGGCAUACAACGUAGCUUUCGACACUGAUCUGCCCUUCUUCGACCACAUUUCACGAGACGAAACGAAGAUGCGCGAGUUUGCCGCGUACAUGAAGAACGUGAGAAGCAGUGAUGCUAUGCAUCUCAAGCACCUUGUGUCGGGGUUCCGAUGGCGGGAUAUUCCUGAUGGAGGGAUUGUCGUUGAUGUCGGAGGCUCAACCGGCAGCUCCGCGAUAGCCCUCGCCGAAGCUUUUCCCCACCUCACAUUCAUAGUCCAGGAUCUGCCCGCCAAUGCUGAGAACGGGAGAAAAUCGGCGGCCAAGACACACCCCGAGAGCAUCACGUCUCGCCUUUCCUUCCAGGGCCAUGACUUCACGAAACCGCAGCCGGUACAUGGCGCAGACGUCUAUCUUCUACGAAUGAUACUGCACGACUGGCCAGACGACAAAGCCGCAGAGGUAGUGAGAAACAUUGUCGCGGCAAUGGACGUGAAGAAAUCACGGCUGCUGAUCAUGGAAACCAUGCUUCCGGAGCCGGGCUCAGUGCCCAUCUCUGUCGAGCGCAUUGUUAGGGCGAGGGACUUGACUAUGAUGCAGGCUUUUAAUAGCAAGGAGAGAAGUCUCGACGAUUUUGAGUACUUGCUUGGCUUGGCCGAUCCCAGAGCAAAGUUAGUGGGCGUUGUCCAGCCGCUUGGAAGUGCCAUGUCUGUUUUGGAAGUGGCUCUAGAUCCUGAGAGGGGUAUGGAGGAGGGGACAGUUGCGUAA